CAUUUAGAUUCUACGGACUAUUUGGGUAUAUUUCGCCUUGGUUAAGGGGCGUGUAUAACGUAUGCAUAAAUACGGUGGAGAUGACGCCCAACGCCUCUAACAAGUAACAACUCUUUCACCUAUCACACACUUGUCUGAAAUAAUCUCCAGCUCUGAAUUUCUCAUUUUCUUCUACCUGCAUCUGAAUUGAUCGUGAUCUGGAUUGCGGAGCAUACGGAGAUAUCUGUGAAUAUGGCAUCGUACACCCCAAAGAAUAUCCUGAUCACAGGUGCAGCCGGAUUUAUUGCUUCUCAUGUUGCAAAUCGACUUGUCCGUAGCUAUCCGGGUUACAAGAUCGUUGUUCUAGAUAAGCUUGACUACUGCUCAAAUCUUAAGAACCUCAAUCCAUCUUACUCCUCACCAAACUUCAAGUUUGUUAAGGGGGAUGUUGGAAGUGCUGAUCUAGUUAACUACCUUCUCAUCACUGAGAACAUUGACACAAUAAUGCAUUUUGCUGCUCAGACCCAUGUAGACAACUCCUUUGGCAACAGCUUUGAGUUCACCAAGAACAACAUUUAUGGGACCCACGUACUGUUGGAGGCCUGCAAAGUUACGGGUCAGAUCAGAAGAUUUAUACACGUCAGUACAGAUGAGGUUUAUGGUGAGACUGAUGAAGAUGCUGUGGUUGGAAAUCAUGAAGCCUCACAACUCCUUCCCACAAACCCUUAUUCAGCCACAAAAGCUGGGGCUGAGAUGCUUGUAAUGGCUUAUGGUAGGUCGUAUGGGUUGCCUGUUAUAACUACUCGAGGAAACAAUGUAUAUGGUCCCAACCAGUUUCCGGAAAAGUUAAUCCCAAAGUUCAUUCUUUUAGCAAUGAAGGGAAAGACUCUUCCCAUCCAUGGAGAUGGCUCUAAUGUCCGUAGUUAUCUUUACUGUGAGGAUGUUGCUGAGGCCUUUGAGGUCGUUCUUCAUAGAGGAGAGGUUGGUCAUGUUUACAACAUCGGAACAAAGAAGGAAAGGAGAGUUAUUGAUGUUGCCAAGGAUAUAUGCAAACUUUUCAACAUGGAUCCUGAAACAAGCAUUCAGUUUGUGGAAAACAGGCCUUUCAAUGACCAGAGAUACUUCCUUGAUGAUCAGAAGUUGAAAAAUAUAGGAUGGGCAGAGCGGACUGGAUGGACGGAGGGAUUAGAAAAGACAAUAGAAUGGUAUACCAAAAAUCCUGACUGGUGGGGUGAUGUUGCAGGCGCCUUGCUCCCUCAUCCUAGGAUGCUGAUGAUGCCCGGUGGGGUAGAAAGACAUUUUGAUGAACCUGAGAAAUGUGAUUCUGGAUCCUCUGAGUUCUCUGCAAAGCCAAACCAGACACAAAUGGUGAUUCCAAGUCCUAAGAGCAGGAGCCCAUCUCAGAAAUCGCCUUUCAAGUUUUUGAUUUAUGGUAGAACGGGUUGGAUAGGUGGUCUCCUUGGCCAGUUAUGUGAGAAACAAGGAAUUCCCUUUGAGUACGGAAAAGGGCGUCUGGAAGAUCGUCUACAGCUUCUGGCUGACAUUCAGUCUGUUAAGCCGACUCAUGUCUUUAACGCUGCUGGUGUCACUGGUAGACCCAAUGUUGAUUGGUGUGAAAGUCACAAGACCGAAACAAUCCGCACCAAUGUUGUCGGUACUCUUAACCUGGCAGAUAUAUGCAAAGAAAAUGGUCUUCUAAUGAUGAAUUUUGCCACUGGUUGUAUAUUUGAAUAUGAUGCUGCACAUCCGGAAGGUUCUGGAAUUGGAUACAAAGAGGAAGAUACACCUAACUUCGCGGGUUCCUUCUAUUCAAAGACCAAGGCCAUGGUAGAAGAGCUCUUGAAAGAAUACGAAAAUGUUUGUACACUUAGAGUUCGGAUGCCAAUAUCAUCGGACCUCAGCAACCCUCGCAAUUUCAUCACCAAAAUCGCUCGCUACAAUAAGGUGGUCAACAUUCCCAACAGUAUGACUGUAUUGGAUGAACUUCUCCCUAUCUCCAUAGAGAUGGCAAAGCGUAAUCUUAAGGGCAUAUGGAAUUUCACAAACCCUGGGGUUGUUAGUCACAAUGAGAUUCUAGAGAUGUACAAGAAGUACAUUGAUCCAGAGUUCAAGUAUGCUAACUUCACUCUGGAAGAGCAAGCAAAGGUUAUAGUAGCAGCUCGAAGUAACAAUGAGAUGGACGCCUCCAAGUUGAAGAAAGAGUUCCCUGAGUUGCUGCCAAUCAAGGAAUCUCUGAUCAAGUAUGUCUUUGAACCGAACAGAAAAACAUCGGCGUAAUAAUAUUCUGAGAUUUGUUUAUGUGUCUUGGGUCAGGCAGAAUUUUCAUCUUUGUGCAUCAGCUUUAAUUAUUAUUUAUGCGUAAUAACUACACCUGAGAUUAGAUGAUCUCAUUUGCUUUAGAAUAUUGAUUGCGUUUAGAGUGCCGCUUCUCUACAAUUCAUUGUUAUUACUUGAGAGUUUAGAAUGGUCAGUACUCAGUAGCACAUCUUGAGGGGUUCUAUACUACAUCAUCCAUGUAGUAUGCUAUCUUAUACUGCCACGUGACUUUGAGAUUGUAAUUCUAAAUAUAUUACAAGAAUAUAUUUAUUCUAUUAGUUGGUUUUCUUGGCUGUAAAUAGGCCUUGAUUUACUUCCUAAUUCUGAGAUACA